AUGUUCUCACUGUUCCCACUUGUUCCCAAAACUAACGCAAAAGCAGUAGUUAAAACACGAGGUAGGCAGCUUGCAACUAUUUUAAACAGUUCACAACGAAUUGAGACUCAGAAGGAUAAAAAGAAAACAAAGAAAAAAAACAAAUGUCCAAUUCAGAAAAAAACUGUGGUUAAACAGAAAAGAACAUUAGAAGAUUCAGAUUCGGAGAGCGAAUGUCCAGUAUUGCAGGAAAGUGAUACAUCAGCAGAUGAAUGA